ACCGCCCGCACGUAGCGGAAGGCAUUGUACGCGUGACGUUGCUCCUGCUCUUGUUUUGGCAGUUUGUUUCGAUAUUCACGGAUUGUCAGUCCACCAAGAAGACCUUUCACACUGCUCGUCCCACACGAAGCUGCGAUGGUAUUGAUUGAGCAGUGACUCUGUCUGGGCUGAUUCAGGGAGCUGGCAAGUGUAGUUUCACAAUGGCAGAUGGAGGCAGCGAUGACGAUGUCAUUCACCUGGCAAGCUUCAACGUCCACCGCAGCCAAGGCUCCCGCACGCGUAAGAGGGAGCUCAUCACCAUUUCUGAUGACUCUGAUGAGGAGCCUGUGACUCUGGUACCUGGCAGCCCUGUUUUAGUCCCAGACGACGCAGAUGAUGACGACAUCAGCAUACUGGAGCCACUGACUCCAGCACGCAGACAUGUGAUUCGCCCAGCAGCUAAAUGGAGCGGGGCCUCGCACAACCCAAUUCAAGUUGUGGAUCAUAGUAGCGCAACUUCUGGGGUUCCCACAGGGGACCCUGGUUCAGCCCCCUCUACCUCUAGAGAUGCCAAGGCCAACUCCUCCGCAGUAAGGCCAGCCAUACGAACACCAGUGCAGUAUAGCAGUCCCGGACACACACAGCCACACCCUGGCUCUUCAUCACACACACUGUCUCAGCCAAAAGUUACCACAAACUCACAGCAACAGGACGGUACGUCAGCACAUAUAAAAGUGGAGCUCCAUGCAGUUUCUUCUUCCCAAACCCCAUCUACCUCCACAAAUGCCAAGGCUAGCGCCACUACAUCCAGAGCACCUUUACAAGUACUUUUUCAGCCUCAGCCCAGCACAUCUGGACUCGUACAGCCACACGCUGGCUCUUCAGCACAUGUAAUGGUGGAUCCCCAGCCGAGAACCUCUACCAGUGCCACACACUAUUCUUGCGCGGUUGCAAGUUCUUCUACAAAGACUCAAGAAAAGGCUAGUACAAGUACUCAUUCGCAAGACAAUCCUCAGGCCAGUACGUCAACCGCACACUCUCACACACAGACGCAGUCUCAGCCCGAUACAUCCACGCAGCCCCAGUCCACGACCACCCUACAGCCCCACCUCAUCCAGGUAAAGGAGGUGAAACUAGUUGUUCUUCCCCAGCAGCCGAGCAUCCAAGCCUCUGCUCUAAUAACUCAACCCCAGCUACAGCUCAGGCCCCUGCUGCAGCCUGCCUUGCUCAAUCGCAUGCAGGGCAAUCUCAUUCAGAUUGAACCACAGCCCCUCGCCCAGGCCCCGGCCCAGCCCCAGGUCCAGGCCCCUCAGCCCCCUCAGGUGAUACCGGUGAUCCCCCCUGCGGUGCUAAUAGCUGCAGCCCCAGAGAGACUAGGACCUCCAGAGGCAGGUCACCGGAUCAUCCUGGGGAGCCAGGCGCCCGGGGAGGCUGUCCCCAAUCCUCUGCCACAGGCCGGCGCCUCCAGGGUGCCUAAUGUAAACGCUAACCAUCACGCUCCUCCAGCCCCCACAGCGUCAGUCCCCCACCACGGAGGAGAGGCUCGUCUCAUUCUGCCUCCAGCUCCAAACGCAGAAAGGGUUAACCAAGCCCCCGGUGUGGUCACCGUUCCUCCUGCACCUGAGGACAUUCCCCAGAUAGAGGACGCAAGGCCGGGUCCCUCAGCACCCCGAGAGAGAGUGGAGCAGCAGCCCCUCAUUAGAACCCUUAUCGCUGGUGUUUUGGAUCUAUUCCCAGAUAUCCAAGAAGCCUAUGUAGCAGAACUGAUCCAAAAAAAUAAUGUGAAAGACUUGAAUGUUAUCUGUAACCUGCUGUUGGAGAACCCCGAUUAUCCAAGGAGGGAGACUGCAGCAGCCACAGCAGCUCCAACCAGCAUCCUACUGGAGUCUGGAGACACCCAGACAGAGGUGACUGAGGACCUGUUUGACUAUGCCAAACUGGGCACAGUGGGACCGGAGGCUGUGAUGCAGGCUGCCGACUUGCUCAUGGCGGAUUUCAGGAUGCUCAGUUGUCAGGACAUCAAAUGGGCCCUCAAUGCUCUGAAGGGACACUAUGCAAUCACACGCAAGGCCUUAUGCGAAGCUCUGAAGAAGUGGCAAGAUUCAGGCGACCCCUCAGGAAAGAGACGACGGAGCAGAGCCUCCUCUGAGCGCUGCUACAUUGAUUUCCAUUUUGAGCAUGGAUCAGUGAAGUUUGACAAGAGGAUGUAUUUCUUGGAGAAUGACCGUCGUUACUGCAGAACAUACAACAAUCUGGAGGCUUCUCUGCAAAAGGAGCUUACAUUUUAUCAGCAGAAGGCCAAGGAAUGGGCAGAGCAUGAGGACUUCCUCUUGGCUCUGCAGGUCAAUGAGGAUGAAUACAAGAAGGACGGCCAGCUGAUUGAGUGUGGCUGCUGCUACGGGGAGUUUGCGUUCGAGAAGAUGACGCAGUGUUCAGAUGGCCACCUGUUCUGUAAAGAGUGCCUGGUCAAAUACGCUCAGGAGGCAGUAUUUGGCUCUGGAAAGUCGGAGCUGAGCUGCAUGGAGGGGGGCUGCCCGUGCUCCUACCCAGUGUGUGAGCUGGAGAAGGUCCUACCAGAGAACAUACUGUGUAAAUAUUAUGAGAGACAGGCGGAGGAGGCAGUCGCUGCCACCUGUGCUGACGAACUUGUGCGGUGUCCAUUUUGCAACUUCCCAGCCUUGCUGGACAAAGACAUGUCUCUGUUUAGCUGUCCCAACCCUCGGUGCCGCAAGGAGAGCUGUAGAAAGUGCCAUGUCCAGUGGAAGCAGCACGUUGGGAAGACGUGUGAGCAGGUCCUGGAGAGGGACGAGAUCCGCAUGAGGGUGCUCUUUGAGGAGCGUAUGACAGCAGCUCGGGUGAGGAAGUGUGUAAAGUGCGGGACGGGCCUGGUCAAGUCGGAGGGCUGCAACCGGAUGUCAUGCCGCUGCGGCAGCUUCAUGUGCUACCUCUGCAGAGAGCCCAUCACUGGCUACAACCACUUCUGCCAGCACGCCCGCUCUCCUGGCGCUCCCUGCCGCCACUGCCGCAAGUGCUCCCUCUGGACCGACCCCACGCAAGACGACGAGCGAAUCAUUCAGGAGAUCCAGAAGGAAGGAGAGGCAGAGCUGAAUAAGAAGUCUGCAGAUAAUUCAGGGAAGAGGGUCGGCCCUCCUCCGGAGCCCAUCACAGACACCAAGCGGCCACGUGUGGGUCCCCCCCUCGAAAACCCACCAAACCCGAACCCCCCGGUCCCUCCUCACCCACAGGCGGUACAAGCUCCCCUCUUCGUGCCUCCUCGUGCCCGCUACCCACCGGCUCCACCCCAGGGCAGGAUGUACCAGAUGAUCAUUCCCCGGCUGCCCCCGGCCCCCUACGUACCCCCUUUACAACACCUGCCCCCCUUGAACAAUAACAACAACAACAACAACCACCCUCAUCACCACAACCCUCCCGUCAACCCUCAUCACCACAACAUGGACGUCAUGGACCUGCCGAUGCACUACGGACCCCCGCACCGCUACUACAGACGUUUCUAACACACACACUCUGUGACGAGUGUGUCAGUCCUGGUGCAAUCAGCUCAUCCUCGGACAUACACACACACACACACACACACACUCACUACAGUCAUACUUUUCCUUUCAGUGCUGUUUUUGAGAUCUGAUUUUAUUUUUCAUCUCUUUCAGAGUGUAUCACAUUUUUCUAUGUGUUCUCUUCAUCCGUUUUCAUAACUCAUGUGUCUCGUGCAGGUUUCAUUUUCAGAUAAUAAAACACACUGAAAUGAUUAGUACAUCUGUAGAAAGACGCAUCCGGACACUUUGCCUUCUCCCGCUGAACUUUGGACUUCAACAAUGAAGCGGAUCCCCAUGUUACAUGUUCCUUUUUUUCAUGUUUUCCUGUUUGAAUAUUGGGGUUGAACUGAUGAACAGUUUAGAAUCUUGAGACAAUUUAUUUCCAGUUUAUACAGAUAUUUUUGAGUACAUAAUUGAAAAAAAAAAGUUAGCAUUCCCUUCUGUAUCUUUUGUGUAUUGUGUGAGGCCACACAGUUUUCUAAUAAAGUUUUCUGUUGACA